AAGCAAUAAAAGUGUGGGGAUUUAAGCCUACGACGGAUCUCUUUCUGGGGAACGAUACAUCAUACAUGGUCUUGAAUUCAUCACAGGAGAAACACACUAGUGCCACAUGCUUGUUAAGUCAAUUCAGAAGAUUUUCGAUGAGGAGAUUCAAAGAGAGUUCGAUGAUAUUGUUCAACUCUGAUUUGAAGGGUAAAACAGACAUUUUCAUAAUAAUGGCUCCACCACCUGACACUAAGGUAGUCUUCUUUGUCCAUCUCAUUGGUAUCAUCGGAUUCGCAGUGAAGGUUAAAUAAAAAGAGGAAACGAAACUUGUUACUCAUGCAAGCUUCUCAGAUGCCACGU